AUGGGGGGUCGAAAGAAUUCCUUGACCCCUGAUGAGAAAGCUCUGCAGGAUCAGUCGAAUUUCCUGCCUCAGAAGCAGCUCGUUUUCUGCUUGGCGAUCGUAGCGCUGGGCCAGCUGAUUUCUUAUAUGGACCAGAAUGGUAUCUCCACUGCGCUGCCCACCAUCGCGGCCGAUCUGGACGCACGCGACACGAUUUCCUGGGCUGGGACCACUUCCUUGCUGGCCAACACCGCCUUCCAGAUGCUCUACGGUCGGCUCUCGGAUAUCUUUGGUCGCAAGGCAAUCUUCAUCUCGGCGAUUCUGUUGCUGGCCCUGGGAGACCUCGUGUGUAGCCUCAGCACCAAUGCCGCCAUGUUCUACGUCUUUCGUGGCGUUGCCGGUAUAGGCAGUGGUGGCAUCACGAACCUCGCGAUGAUUAUCACGUCGGAUAUCGUCAGUCUGGAGCAGAGAGGGAAGUAUCAGGGAAUCGUGGGAAGCAUGAUCGGACUGGGAAGUGUCACGGGCCCUUUCCUUGCGUCUGCCUUUGUGGAGCGCGCGACGUGGAGAGCGUUUUUCUGGAUGCUCGCCCCUUCGGGGGUCUUGGUCGCCCUAGCGGCUUUCUUCUUCUUGCCUUCCAAGCCGCCAGUGACUUCGUUCAAGGAGGGCAUGAAGAAGGUCGACUAUCUGGGUGUUUUGACUUCUUCUGUUGGAACCAUCUUCUUGCUGAUUCCCAUCUCCGGUGGCGGGGCUUACUUUCCAUGGGACUCGCCCAUGGUCAUCAGUAUGCUUGCCAUAGGCGGCGUAUUUAUGAUUCUGUUCGUCGUGGUCGAAUGGAAAUUCGCUAAAAUUCCCAUGAUGCCAGUGGGUGUAUACCGUAAUCCGACCAUCGUGAUCUUGCUAGCCCAAUGCUUCAUCCUGGGUGCUGUGUACCAGUCAACGGUGUACUAUAUCCCACUAUACCUUCAGAACGCCCACCAGUUUUCCUCGAUCGUAUCCGCGGCCCUAUUUGCGUCUCUGGCAGGUAUCCAAGCGCUCGUUUCCACACUCUCUGGUCUUUUCAUCACGCAUUUCAAGCGCUACGGCAUCGUGAUUCAGUUUGGCUUUGGAACGUGGACUCUUGGCUGUGGCCUGGCCCUGAUCUUCAAGAAAAACACCAACCCCGGAAUCGUCGUGGUGCCCCUCCUCAUCAUGGGCAUAGGAAUAGGAUGCGUAUUCCAGCCCAUCCUAGUCGCUCUCCAAGCGCAUUCAAGCAAGGCCCGACGCGCGGUGAUCAUCUCGAUUCGGAACUUCAACCGGAGCGCAGGCGGUGCUUGCGGAUUGGCAGUCUCAGCUGCAGUGCUGCAAGCCCGGCUGAAAUCGACGCUCCCGCUGGACUACAAGUACCUGGCUGACUCGACGUAUGCGCUGCCCGAUUUCAGGGGCGGGGUUCCGAAUGGGGUCCUGGAUGCGUAUAUGGCUGCGAGCCAUCUCGUGUUCAUCGUCCAGGUGCCUUUGAUGGGGGUGUGCUUUUUGGGCUCUCUGCUGAUGAAGGAUCGUGGGUUAGUUCGAAAGGAGGAUCAGGAGGCUGAUGCGCAGGCACAGCAAGGUGGGCAGGUCACCGGUCCUGAAGUUGCGGGUUCUUCUGAACCAAAGACAGGCUCAUGA